AAAAAGAAAACAAAGAAAAAAACAACAAAGGACAGCUCUCCAUCUGCGAGCUCUGCCAAGGAGAAAAAACCCAAAUCUAAAGAGGACAAAGAUUCUGAUGGAAAAGAAAAAAAGUCCAAGUCAAAGGAGAGUGACAAGAAAAAGGAACCGGCCUCGAUGUUUGUGAUAAAYGGAGACAAAGAACCUAAAAGCAAAAAGAAGGCUGCCAAGUCGGACAGUGAUGACAGCGAAGAGGAGACAAAGUCGAGCAAAUCUAAGAAGAAAUCCACGGCUGGCUCUGCAUCCAUGUUUCAAGCAUCAACUGAAAAGGACAAAAACAAGGACAAGAAGCCAAAGAAAAAAGGAAAGACAGAAGACAGCGAUGAAUCUGACUCUGAAAAAGAAGAAAAGUCCAAGAAGAAAAAGGGAAAAGGAAAGAAGAAGAAGGAGAGAGCCCCCUCACCGGACAUUGAGUUUGAUGACUUGGAGAAGUUUGUGAUGCAGCCAGCGCCGCAGGGUGUGACGGUGAAAUGCAGAGUGACCCGGGACCAGAGGGGAGUGGAUAAGAGCCUCUACCCCCUGUAUUACCUUCAUCUGGACAAYGAAAAGAAGACAUUCCUGUUGGCCGGAAGGAAAAGGAAGAAGAGCACGACUUCAAAUUACCUCAUUUCCAUAGAUGCCACAGAUUUAUCAAGAGGUGGUGAGAAUUUCGUUGGAAAGUUAAGGUCAAAUUUAAUGGGAACCAAGUUUACGGUAUUUGACAAUGCUCUGAACCCAGAAAGAGCUCUUCCAGAUAUGUCUAAUGCACGACAAGAGUUAGCAGGCAUCAUUUAUGAGACAAAUGUUUUAGGAAUGAAAGGACCCAGAAGAAUGACGGUCAUCAUUCCAGGGAUGAGCAAGGACAACGACAGAGUCCCACUCAGACCCAGAAAUGAAUGUGACGGCUUGUUGGUGAGGUACCAGAAUAGAAGGACGGAAAAUCUGAUUGAGCUUCACAACAAGACGCCCGUGUGGAACGAAGAAACCACCUCUCACGUGCUGAACUUUAACGGCAGAGUCACCCAGGCCUCGGUCAAGAACUUCCAGAUAGUUCAUUCCAAGGACUUGGACUACAUUGUGAUGCAGUUUGGAAGAAUAGCUGAUGACAUUUUCACUCUGGACUAUAACUACCCCCUGUGUGCCGUCCAGGCCUUUGCCAUCGCGCUCUCCAGCUUUGAUGGCAAAAUCGCUUGUGAAUAAUCCAAUAGUCAACAACAACAACAGCAAACACCAAAACCAGAGCACAGCAAUCGCACACUCAUAUCCGAUCCGACCAGCCUAGACUCCGGACUCGACUGCACACUUUUUUCUGAGACGGGCGGCGAUAAGAAACGACGGUUUUCUUGUGAGCGUCRAACUUCUUGUUGCUCUCCUGCCUUUCAGUGACGUUCCUUCCUCCAGGUGUAACAAACAAAUUCUGACUUAAGCGUUUUGUCUGAUCUUUGUGCAGCAGAGUUUUGUUUUCAUACCUCAGGGGACACAUCACUAUGYGUCAGAAUUUGUGGCAAUUAGCAGCAAAGAGCUCCAGAUCAUGAAGUGGUACGAGCAAAAAUGCAAAUAACUAUUAUCUCAAUCAAAAGUCAUAAUCAUUUAAACUAAAAUCUUCAUUGGAAUAAAAAGUAGUAAAUAAAGUUAGAAAUUAGGAAACAAACCCCACAGUUUUAUAUCAGCAAUUAAUGUGUUUAAAAAUGUUUAUUUACAAACACUUUACCAUGUAGUAUUUCAGACAAAUUUUACUGCAUGCACUGAUGUAGGUUUAAAAUUUGUUGGAUAAAGUGUGCAAAUAAAAGUGGUUUGUUUACAUUGAGUGUAGACCCGCAAACUACAUUAGUCAACUCUAUCAAACGGCAUCAUUUGAUAUAGUUCUGGAAAAGAAUAAUAAUAAUAACAAAAAAUUGAAAAGUUUUUUUUUUUAUAUUUUCUUUAGGCACAAAUAUGACUUGUUUUAAGUCGAACGUGACAAGAAUAUACACGACUGGCACAGGAUUAUUUUAAUUUUGAAUGAAUUUGAAUAAAUMUCUCAACAGAGUUUUGAAUCUGUUAUUAAAGUUAAACAAAGAAGAAGCACAAUAGAUAUAAAAAAAUGUCAUUUUAGGUUUAAGUUUUGUUCCUGUGUGAUGAUUUGGUGUAAUUUAUAGGGUUUUCUGUUAAUCUGGUCAAAACUUUGUAAAAAAAAAAAAUGUUUUCUUGAACUCUGCCUUUGGUGUGUUUAUGUUCUGAUUGUAAGGAUUCACGUGAAUAAAUUUUUUUGACAUCA